AUGAACGACAACGAGGAAUUAGAACAAGACAAUCAGCGAAGGCUGAGCCUCCUCUACGCAGGACGACAAGCCCACCUGCAGCGGAUUCAACAGGACUCACAAAACCCUAUGUGGCAACGACAACUCGGUACGCUGGACGCACACAUCGAACGACGACAACAUGCACAAGGAGAUCCCGCACGGAUCCGCCAGAUCAACCAAGAACUAGAAGAACAGGUCGAAUCAGAAACGACUAAGAACACCCCCAACGACUCGGAAACACCUCGCGAUGUUGCCUGCCAACAUGCCCAACUAGAAGUCGCCUUUGAAGUCGCUUCAGUCGACGACACUAGCUCUGGAGAGGACUCUGACGAAGAAAUACAGUGGUAUCACUGCUACUAA